GUAUCGCCUGGUCGCCUCUUUAUUUUAUUGGGGUAUGCCUGGUAAUAAACAGUAAUAUUUAAUUUGUCGAGGACCACAAACCAACUUCGAGCUGGGAGGUACCUUACUACCCUUGACAGACGCUGGAAGAAGGCUUGGCUUAGAAGGGGUCUCUCUUGGGGGGGGGGGUCCUUUCCAAACUCUCCACCUGAACACACCCUUUCCAAAGAGGCGUCACUCCCUGCUUUUGCGCUGGAAAGAAGAGGCAGGAUUUUUGAAGAGCAGGACCCCGAGAGGUCGCAGGGCCCCGGGAUCACCAUGGCCGACGCAGACGAGGGCUUUGGCCUGGCUCACACACCCCUGGAACCAGACGCCAAGGAUCUACCCUGCGACUCCAAACCCGAGAGUGCGCUAGGGGCCCCCAGCAAGUCCCCGUCGUCCCCGCAGGCGGCUUUCACCCAGCAGGGCAUGGAAGGGAUCAAGGUGUUUCUCCAUGAAAGAGAACUGUGGCUGAAAUUCCACGAAGUGGGCACAGAAAUGAUCAUAACCAAGGCUGGCAGGCGGAUGUUUCCCAGUUACAAAGUGAAGGUGACCGGCCUGAAUCCCAAAACGAAGUACAUUCUUCUCAUGGACAUCGUUCCCGCGGAUGACCACAGAUACAAGUUCGCAGAUAAUAAAUGGUCUGUGACGGGCAAAGCGGAACCCGCCAUGCCGGGCCGCCUCUACGUGCACCCGGACUCGCCGGCCACGGGGGCGCAUUGGAUGCGACAGCUUGUCUCCUUCCAGAAACUCAAGCUCACCAACAACCACCUGGACCCGUUUGGGCAUAUUAUUCUAAAUUCCAUGCAUAAAUACCAGCCAAGAUUACACAUCGUGAAAGCGGACGAAAAUAAUGGAUUUGGCUCAAAAAACACCGCGUUCUGUACCCACGUCUUUCCUGAGACUGCGUUUAUUGCGGUGACUUCCUACCAGAACCACAAGAUCACCCAAUUAAAGAUUGAGAAUAAUCCCUUCGCCAAAGGAUUCCGGGGCAGUGAUGACAUGGAGCUACACAGAAUGUCAAGAAUGCAAAGUAAAGAAUAUCCCGUGGUUCCCAGGAGCACAGUGAGACAGAAAGUGGCCUCCAACCACAGUCCUUUCAGCAGUGAGCCUCGAGCUCUGUCCGCCUCAUCCAACUUGGGGUCCCAGUACCAGUGUGAGAAUGGUGUGUCUGCCCCCUCCCAGGACCUCCUGCCCCCACCGAACCCGUACCCGCUGCCCCAGGAGCACAGUCAAAUUUACCAUUGCACCAAGAGGAAAGAUGAAGAAUGUUCCAGCACAGACCAUCCCUAUAAGAAGCCCUACAUGGAGACAUCACCUAGCGAGGAGGACCCCUUCUACCGCUCCGGCUACCCCCAGCAGCAGGGCCUGGGUGCCUCCUACCGGACAGAGUCAGCCCAGCGGCAGGCCUGCAUGUACGCCAGCUCCGCGCCCCCCAGCGAGCCCGUGCCCAGCCUGGAGGACAUUAGCUGCAACGCCUGGCCCAGCAUGUCCUCGUAUAGCAGCUGCACAGUCACCACCGUUCAACCCAUGGACAGGCUGCCCUAUCAGCACUUCUCCGCCCACUUCACCUCGGGGCCCCUGGUCCCCCGGCUGGCCGGCAUGGCCAACCACGGCUCCCCGCAGCUUGGAGAGGGAAUGUUCCAACACCAGACCUCCGUGGCCCACCAGCCUGUGGUCAGGCAGUGCGGGCCUCAGACUGGCCUCCAGUCCCCGGGCGGCCUCCAGGCAUCGGAGUUUCUGUACGCUCACGGUGUACCAAGGACCCUGUCCCCGCAUCAGUAUCACUCGGCCGUGCACGGAGUCGGCAUGGUUCCAGAGUGGAAUGACAACAGCUAAGGCCAGGCCUGCUCCUUUGCUGCCGUUUUCCAGAGGGAGGGGAGAGAGAGACGGCCACAGGGAGAACCCCACGGACGGAAUGUCUCAUUUCACCGCGCGUUCACGCCUGCACUUGAGAACUGCCCCUGCCCCCAUACCCCCCCCUCGACACUGAUGUAAUCAGUCGCUUGAAACCACAAUUCAAAAAAUGUGACUUUGUUUUGUCUCAAGACUAAAAAACGACAAGAAGAGAUGAGUCCCCGCCCCGCCCCCCUGCACUCCUCCACAACCACCGCCUUCCUCAACUGGCCACAAUCACACCACCUCCAGGACGCCCUCCCUGAUUUCUUCUUUUGGUCUCCAGAAAGUCCUGCCUCCUGGAGUGUUUGAUCCUCAUGCGUAGUUGGAGUCCUUCCCUGUCUUGGUGUUAAUGUUGACGUUGUUAUAUAAUAAAUAAUAAUAUAUUUUUUCUUUCAAUUUUCUUAAUGGGACCCAGUCCCUUAUUCUGGGGGAGGUCUGAGACAAGUAUGUUUCAAGAUAUGUACUUGUGGGGUUUCCCUCAAAUACUCCUCCAACCCCCCAAACCUAAAUUGGCCACCCUCCCUCUUGACUUAAGAAAUUACCUACCUCUGCCAGGGAUGUUUCUGUCAAGCUUCCCUGCCUCCCAGCUUCUCUCCAAUCUUGGCCUCCCUUCCCCAUCCUCAUGGAGCCCAGGUUCGCCUCCUGCCCACCAGUGGGGUCAGGAUAACGCCGGACUCCAUCUGGCGUCCUAUCUCACUCGGCCCUCCCGUCUCCCCGGCUCCGUGUCCUUCCCGACCACUGAAACGUGGCCUAUACCUUCCCAACCGGAAAUCUCGCUUUGAAAAACUUAAAAAGCCCCGGUUUACAUGCGGGCAGAACUGUGAUAAGCAAGGCGCAAGCUCUGUGCUGACAAGCGUUGUGAAAAAGCCAAAAUAAAUAUUCGUCCUGAUAACCAAAAAAAAAAAAAAAAGCCAGCCCCCAGCUUCCAAACCUCCAUCACCGCCGCCGAUGACCCAAACUGGAUGCAAAACCAACACCACCAUCCCUAAAGAAGCAGCCAGACUUACUCACCGAGGAGCAUUCUCCAAAGGCAUCAUACCAGCACCAAAUGCAGACCCCAAACUGUGGUUAUUGAAAGCAGAAAAUGGUUAUUAAAAAAAAGUGUGUAAGUAAAACAUUAUUGCAGGGUUCUUCAGAUGUAAUAUUUUACUGGUACUAUUUAUUUAUAAAGAGGAGUUCUAAUUAAGUAAUAACCUGAAAUGGAAUCCAGCAUGGGAGCUGGCCAAAAGCUUUUAAUUUUAUUGAUACUCAAAACUAAGUUUGCAUUUUUUCUUCCCUUUCAAAUGUGCUUUGCUUUCAUGAUUAAAAAAAGUUAUUAUUUUUUUUUUAAACUGACCCUAAUAAAGAGAACAGGGUAAUAUGUGAGACUGCGUAUGUUCAAGUACGUAAGAGUGUGUGAGUCUGUUUGUCAUGUGAGUGUCUUUCUGCGAUUAUGUCUUUUUAUGUUGCUAAGGGCGGGGUGGGGUGAGAAUUAAGUACUCGUUUCGUAUAUUUGUGUGCCAGUUAAUGCCUAAUAAAUACCAUGUGCUUUAAAAAGUA